AUGUCCAUGGAGCCCUUGCAGUGGGUCGGCACCGUGCCGGGCAUUAGGGUUGUGGAGUGCAAGGGCAAGCCAGCUACUGAGUCGCACAAAAUAGCUUCAAGAGAGGAACAGGAGGGACUUAAGAUUGUGAAGGUGGAGGAAGAUGUGAUCUGGGACCAGAAAACCUACCAUCGAGAGAACAACUUUUCUAGCCAGAAGGCCUCCCGACAACUUUUUAGGCACUUUUGUUAUCAAGAGACUCCUGGACCCCGUGAAGCACUGAGCCGGCUCCGGGAGCUCCGCCGUCAGUGGCUGCGGCCUGAGACGCACAGCAAGGAGCAGAUCGUGGAGCUGCUGGUGCUGGAGCAGUUCCUGACCAUCCUGCCCGAGGAGCUCCAGGCCUGGGUGCGGGAACAGCACCCGGAGAGCGGGGAGCAGGCAGUGGCUGUGGUUGAAGAUCUGGAGAAGGAGCUUAGUGAGCCUCAGAACCAGGCCCCAGACCACGAACAUGGCCGUUCUGAGGCGCUCUCAGAGGAUGUGCUGCAUUUGAAGGCCAAGCAGGACUCGAUGGCCAUCCAGCUUCGGUGCAUGGUGACACGGCUCAGAGGUGAGUCUUUGGGUCCCCCCAGAUUUGCCCUUACAGGAGGUGACCGCGUGCGCGUUCUCCCAGCUGGUGGAAGCCGGGAGCGGGCGCCGCGGCAGGAAGUCUUGAAGGAAGUGGAACGUUUUGGAAAUAGCAGACUCCGAGGAGAGGCUCCUCUAGACGGUGCGUCCGGGGAACCCUGUGCCCAGCGGAGCAGACUGGAAAAGCGGAGGGCGCAGGCCGCCGGAGGGAGACGGCACGGGGGCGGCGGGCGUGGGGGCGGCGUCCCUCGGCGCUCAGUCCUCGUUCAGCCCCGGGGAACCCCGGGGGAGGAGCCCCACGAGUGUGAAAAAUGUGGGAAGACCUUCAGCCAGGGGUCGGGCCUGACCGGACAGCGGCGGAGCCGCAGCGCAGAGAAACCCUGUCAGUGUGAGGAGUGCGGCCAGGGCUGCCGUGCCAGCAGCGGCCCCGUCGGCCCCGGGAGGGGCCCCACGGGGGCGAGGCCGUACGCUGCGAGGCGUGUGGGAGCCUUCCGCCUGAGCUCAGACCUCGUGCGGCCCCCCAGGGCCCGCGCCGGCGACAGGCGCUGUCGGUGUCGCGCGUGCGGCGAGGCCGUCCGCCAGAACGCGGGGCUCCCCCUGCGCCUGCGCGUGCACACGGCGGGGGCGCCCCCUCAGCGCGGCCAGUGCGCAAGCGCCGUCGCCGGCGGACGCUCCUCGGGCAGGGCCCGCGGGGUCUCGGGCCGCGUGUGA